AAACACACAACAACGUUUACCGUUUUAUUUUGUACGGGCGGCCAAAUAAAUCUUUCUUAACCUUUGGUUGGACUGGAAGUAACUUAAUACAAAAACAAAGACAAUGUUGUUCACGAAAGAAAAAUUGGAUCAAAGCUUGGGGCUGUUAAAAAAAUAUGAAUGGCUGCUGGAUUCUUAUGUUUUGGACUUCUUCCUAGACGACCAUUGGAGUAAGCUUCCUGAAAACUGGCAGCAGCACUUGGAAAACAUUCCCCUGGAUAACCUAGAAGAUCUGCUCCAAAACGAGGAUCAUGAUAUGCAGCUAAACUGGCCAUUGGAUCUAAUGGACCUGUGGCACGAGCUACGCAAACUCUGCAUCGGCCGUGCACCCAAAAAGCAAAUCGAAAACUCCGUUCCCUGCCCACUCCUGGGUCAUCCCAAACUGAAGCACAUGUUCCUGAAGCGGGUGAAACCAAAGAAGCAGCACGAGGUCAGACGGAUGGCGGAGAUUUGUGCUCUAAGCCAUAGACAGACACCUGUUGAUUUUGUUUUGGACUUCGGAGCCGGUGUGGGUCACCUGGCUCGCAUUCUGGGCUAUGGAUACGGGGUGCAAGUGUGCUGCCUUGAAAUGCAACCCGAUCUCAACCAGCAGGCGGGGGAAAUUGAUCUGAAGCUGGAGUCUAUGGCGGCGAAACACUUGUCACAGAGCGAAACGAGGCACUUCCGGCGACCUCUGCAUCUCACACAGCGCUUGGAGAGCAACACACAGCCAGCUGAUUUUCUUUCCAGCAUCCGGGAGGCGCUGCAGCUAGAAGACGACAAGUUCCGCUUCGGAAUUAUCGGCCUGCAUCCGUGUGGCAACCUGGGACCGACAUUGAUGCGCAUAUUCCUCGGCUGCCCGCAGGCCAUGUUCCUCAACUUUGUUGGCUGUUGCUACCAGAAGAUGACCACCCAACCCACACAUCCUAGGGAGCCAUUGCAUGGUUAUCCGCUAAGCAUUUUUCUCAAGGACAAGCCAGGAUGCCAGCUCAGUUACGAGGCCCGCGAAAUCUCCUGCCAUGCAAUGGAGGUGUAUAGCGAUCGUCUCCGGGCCGGGGACUACGAGCACCUUCGAAUACACUCUCUACGGGCCGCCGCCGAGCGAAUCAUUGUCCAGCAGUUUCCAGACCUCCGGCACUGUGCUCUGCGGAAUGUUAGGCACUCACCCGGCAUGACGUUCCACCAAUAUUUCCAGAAAGCAGUGCAGGGAACUCGAUUCGAAGCUCUGGACAGCCGGGUUCUGAGUGACAAGCAGACAGAAACAGACCUGGCCAACUGGCAGCGCAUAGUUUCCUUCUACACACUUCGAUUAAUGAUGGCUCCACUGGUGGAAAGCAUUAUUCUGCAUGAUCGCUGCCUGUUUCUAAUGGAAAACGGCUGCCAAGUUCAGAUAGAGGCCUUAUUUGAUCCCCGCCUAUCACCUAGAAACCACAUUACCAUGGCAGUGAAACCCUAACUCGGAUUAGGUUGAAUUACCCUUAACUGACAACCAUAUAUCCCGCCGAAUAGCCAUGCAGUAGAUUCUUAUCGUUAAGUGGCUUCGUGGUUUCACUUUAUGUUGUCUUUAUAUGAGUUUAUUUUUUUUAGAUAAGAUUACGAUAACAUCGUUUCGCCGAUGAAAAAUGCA